AUAUAUUUUUUAAUUGGCAAAGCUUCCUUAUGCAAGGAAGGAAUAGCGUCAUAUUUUUCAAAUGCCCUCCAUUUGGCGAUGAAAACAAUCGGAUUUUAUGGCAAUAAAAUCAAGUGUUACAUAGGCAUGCCAGUUAUAUUUUACCGUUGCGUGACGUAUGGAUAAGUUUUCGUAACCAAAUACAAUCGAAAACCAUUUCACAACCCUUCAAAUUUCUAUUAACAAUUGAAAAUGGAGAAAAAAUAGGUUCAUUGUUUUCCACUUUAUCCAUCACGUUUACUUUCUACUCGAAACUUUGACGGCUUUGGUAAUAAAGUUGUGGAGGCUAUAAAACCCAGAGCACUGGAUAAAAGCGUCACCCACUCCCGUUUCUCGGUUUCUUCGCUAAAGUCAAACAACUGACAAGAUGAAAUCGUACAUUUUAGUUCUCGCGUCCGUUUGCUACGUUCAUGGUGCUCCACAACUAUUGAAUGGCUUGGCUGGAGGUGGCGUAUUAAAUGGUGCAAAUAUAAACGCACUGGGCAAUGCACAGCAGAGUUCAGCAGUAGCUGGAGCAAUGGGUGGAGGAGGUGGUGGUGGUUAUGGCCCCCCACCGGGAUCCGGAUAUGGUGGAGGCGCUGGAGGAGGCGGAGGUGGUGGUGGUCUUCUGAAUGGUUUGGCCGGCGGUGGAAUCGCAAAUGGCGCAAACAUAAACGUACUCGGAGACGCACAACAGAGUUCAGCAGCAGCAGGAGCAAUUGGAGGCGGCGGUGGGUACGGCCCCCCACCGGGAUCCGGGUACGGGGGACCUGGUUACGGAGGAGGUGCUGGUGGUGGUGGUGGAGCUUUGAAUGGUUUAGCUGGAGGCGGUGUAUUGAAUGGCGCAAACGUAAAUGCACUGGGAAAUGCACAACAAAGUUCGGCGGCUGCUGCAGCUGCGGGUGGUGCAAUGGGAGGAGGUUAUGGUGGCGGUUAUAGUGGUGGCGCCAUGGGCGGAGCUGGAGCAGCCUCCGCUGCAUCCGCCGCUGCUGCAGGAUCUUCAGGAAUGAUGGGAGGAAGCGCUGGUGCUGCUGGUGCUGCGGCUGCUGCGGGAGGAAUGGGAGGAGCUGGAUUUGCUGCUCCGUAUUACGGUGGGGGUGGUUAUGGUCCACCGGGUCCCCCGGGUCCACCGGGAUAUGGUGGGUUUGGAGGAAGAUGGGGUGGUUAUGGACGUCCGCAACCUUGGGGGAUGGGAGGCUGGGGUGGCGGUUGGGGUGCUCCUUGGGGAGGAAUGGGUGGUGGAUGGGGCGGCAUGCCAUGGGGAGGUUAUGGAUACCCAGGAUGGGGAUAUGGUGGUUUCUGAGCAGCAGUCUUCUGAAAGUCCUCCAAACUGUCAAAAUUCCCAUCAUUUCUCAAAUACAAAUCAAUUACAAACGAAUUUAAUUGAUUAAUAAAUUGAUUACCAAUCAGUAA